ACAACUACCACAGUUCCAACAACACCCACAUCCACAACUACCACGGUUCCAACAACACCCACAUCCACAACUACCACAGUUUCAACAACACCCACAUUCACACCUACCACAGUUCCCACAACACCCGUAUCCACAACUACCGCAGUUUCAACAAAACACACAUCCACAACUACCAUAGUUCCAACAACACCCACAUCCACAACUACCACAGUUUCCACAACACCCACGUCCUCAACUACCACAGUUCCUACAACACACACAUCCACAACUACCCCAACUCCAACAACACCCACAUCCACAACUACCAUAGUUCCCACAACACACAGAACUACAGCUACCACAAUUUCCAUAGCACCCACAUCCACACAUACAACAGUUCCAACAAGACCCACAUCCACAAUGACCAAAGAAUGGACAAGAACCACACUGACAAACAUCCCAACAUUUAUUACCUCACACACAAUACCGCUGACAACGCAAUGUUUACCAGAUCCAAAGCCCACAUGUCCAAAAUCAGCAAAAUUUCUCGAUGAAAAUGGAUGUGAGAAAUGGUAUUGCUAUUGCCAAUGUCAAGUAUGGGGAGACCCCCACUAUCUCACUUUCGGUGGUACACAGUAUGAUUUCUUUGAAAAUUGCACAUACACACUUGUUGAAGAACAAGUUCCCAAAUACAAUUUCUCAGUUCUCGUCGAUAAUUAUUACUGUUUCGAGGGCCUUCCUAUGUCUUGCGCGAGAGGGAUAGUUGUGUCUUACAAUGAAAGUGUUGUCACUAUUACAACUGGACGUCAGCAUCUGAUAACAUUUGAUGGAGCCAUUGUGACUGUUCCCUACAGUUUGAAUGGAAUUGACAUAUAUUCUACACACCACAGUAUAUAUAUUUCUAUUCCUGAAAUACAAGCAAUCAUAAUUGCUUUUGGAGAUUCCUUUCAAAUUAGAUUGUCACAACAAUACUUCCUGAACAAUACUCAAGGACAGUGUGGUUCUUGCGUGGAUGCUGGUGAUGAUUGUAUGAAAAGGGAUAGGGAGGUCAUGCCAAAACACUGCUGCCACAUUGCUGCAAAUGACUGGAAAGUUCCUGACCCAAAUAAGCCGUACUGUCAACUAACUCCUAAAACUAACUCAAAAGACCCCUGCACUGAUACAACUCCCGCUCCAACAUGUACCCCAGAAAAAACAAUUUGCAUGCUACUUUUGGGCAAACCAUUUGAAGAUUGUCGGAAACACUACAGUGAAGAUGUAGAUCGUUAUUACCAGACUUGUCUCUUUGACCAUUGCCAUACAAACGAAACAGAAUUUGAUUGUUCCAGCCUGGAAGCUGCUGCUAUUGCUUGUAAUGAUAGGGGUGUAUGUGUCGACUGGAGAAACUUUACAGACGGAUAUUGCAAUUAUACCUGCCCUGAAGGUUUCAUUUAUAAGGCGUGUGAAACUUGGGAAAAUGAUCGGUGUAAGAAUAACAUGCUGAUCCCUGGCCAGAAAUUAUAUCCUUUGUCAGAAAGCUGUUUUUGUCCAAAAGGAAUGAUAUUUUCUGAAAACAAGACCACAUGCGUUAGCUCAUGUUGCAUUGACAAUUCAGGAAAUCUCAGAGAAGAAGGAGAAACAUGGUCUCAUCCAACAAAUUCAUGCAUUGUCUUCACAUGCUCUAACUUUCAAGUUGUAAUUACAGAGAGACCGUGCUCUUGUGAGAAAGCAAGUAUCUGGGAGGAAGAUUACUGCUCACAUUGGUGUCGCAAAGAAACCCCUGACUAUUGUAAAGUGUCAUUUAUUUCCAAAAAUAUCACACCUGAAAAUUCAAGCUGUUCAGCAGAAGUUACGAUGACAAAAUGUGAAGGAAACUGUCCUGGACGUUUUGAAUUUGACACUGUUACAAACACCAUGAUAAAUGAGUGCAGCUGCUGCCAGCCUACAAAUAUUCAAAAUAUGACAGUGAACCUUGAUUGUGAAGAUGGAGACAGCAUCCCAUAUACUUAUGCUUAUUUUACGGCAUGCAAAUGCAUUGGCAAGACUUGUAAUAACCCAUUCUCUGUCUAAUUAUUUUUGUUGUUGGGUGCAGCCUUAAGAGUGCAGUUCCAUUGUUUUCAUUUGGAUAGACACCAACACCUUUUAAUAUACAUGGCUGGUUUGUGCUUUGGUAGAACAGACACUUUCUGCUUACAGUGCAGUCGCAUAGUUCAGAUGGAACAUUGAUUAUACCAAUGUAGCUGCAUUUUAAAAGUCUAUUGCUCUUCAAAGCUAAAAUUAAAUCAACUUUCCGUUCUCAUCAUAAUGAUUUUCUCUGUGUACCAUUUGUCAGGAAGAAACGCCCUGGUAGAAAUGUUACAGAACUGCUUUUUAUUAAGGUAUUGUGGGAUUUUGCAAUAUUUCUAUCAUACGUUAUAAACCAGCCAGCUUUUGAGAAAUUAAAAUCAAGAAUUGCAAACAA